AUGCAAGCGGGGCUGGAAAAGGGUCUGAGGGUGGCGCUUGAGGGGUGGGAGGGGAGCCAGAAGAUCAUCGAACAAGCACUCUCGGAUAUCGAAUACGUACGGAAUCUCGAUGGAAAACUGGGGGAAUUGGUAAAGAUUGUUUAUGUGAAUUGUUUGUCUUUUACUCAUGCUGUUUCUGUUUGCGCGGCGGUUGUGGCGCUGAUUGCCGCGUGUUGUGUGAGGCAGCAUCGUGUUUGA